UAUUUGCUUAGCUCAACCUUCAUCUAAAUUGCACAAGUCAACAACGCGUUUGUUUCAUUUUAAGCAAUAAAAGUCUGGGCCAACUGUAGGACAUAGGUACUUACUGGAACAAAUGGAUGUCUCAAUGAAAAAAAAGAAUCAAGUACAUGCUGUGAGGAGGGGACGAAGGGCCUAACUCCCCACAAAAAUUCUGGCUAGGACAGAAAAGGAACACGAGCAAAUCAAAUGACAUAACAUUUGCUUUUCCAGAAAACAAAAGGGGGAUAACGAAGCCUGCACCCAUGCAAAAAAAAUAAAAUUCUUUCGUUCUUCCUGUCAGCUUAGCCUCCACCAAACUUCUUCUUUAAGGAUUCAACUUCUUCAUCUUUCCAUUCCCUGAACAAUAGUUCCGGUUUGCCAAUCUUGUGACCAUCAGGUACAAGCUCCCAAGGCCGUUUCGCUCUACUGACAUCACAAAGUGAAGCAGGAUACAAUUUUAACUGCUCAAGUACUCUAGCAGAAAAUGAGGGCAUGUACGGUUCCAAUAAGCAAGCAAGAAGAUGCACUAGCCCUACUGAAGUUUUGGUGACAAUGGAGCACCAAGGUCGGUCCUUCGAUCCUUGUAAAGCUUCCAGAACUUGGUUUCUUGGAGAUAUGCAUUCCCCUCGGUAGAGAUGCUCAUUGCUAUUUUCAGCGCUAUCUUUAGUUUGAGCUUCUCCAUUGCUUCUAUGUACUGCUCGACGUACCUGCUGACCUUUUCUGCUAAUUGAAGUGUCAAAGCAUCAGAGUCUGCAUGAGGAGCAUCAGGGAUGGUGUCACCAUAUCCUCCUUUGCCUGAAGGUUUGGCAACAAAACUCAAAACUCGGUUGAUGAAGUUGCCCAAAUUGCCCACCAACUCACUUUUGAGUUUUGCUUGUAAAUCGGCCCAAGUAAACAAUGUGUCCGAUACCUCAGGCCUAUUAGUCAGCAGUUCCAAGAAGCGCGGAGGGAAACAUGACUGUGUAGAAUGGCACAUUGUCCUUGCCCAUAAACUGAUACAAUUCGACAUCCUCAGGAUUCUUCCACCACUUGUCCUAGUGAUCAGGAGCGUAACACUUGGUGAUGGAGAUGUAUCCAAUCGGCGCAUCGAACCACACGUAGAAUACCUUGUCCCUGAAGCCAUCAUGCGGAACCUGAACCCCCCACUUGAGAUCCCUCGUAAUGCAGCGUUGCCUAAGCCCCUCUCUGAGCCAGGCAUUUGUGACUUGAACCGCAUUCUGGCUCCAACACCCUUGCACAGAUGCCUUACUGAUAUACUGUUCUGGGAGCUUAAGGUUCUUAAUACAUCCAUUGCAUCUACAGCUACCAAGCGGCAAAGUAGUUGCCUUGAAGAAGCUUCACCAUUGGGAAGCGGAGGAGCCAGCUGCGUUCAAAUGAUUCAGCAAUCAAGCAAAAAUGUUAUCAGAGAUCAGACAUAGAAACAUUGUGAAGCUUCAUGGUUUUUGUUUGCACAAGCGUUGUAUGUUCUUGGUCUAUAAAUACAAGGAAGGAGGAAGCUUAUGUAGUGUUCUAAGCAACGAUAUUGAAGCUGCAGAAUUGGAUUGGAUCAAGAGAGUACAUAUCAUUGAAGGCCUAACACAUGCACUAAAACUGCACUGUACCGAUCAUUCACCGAUGUGACAAGCAGCAAUAUUCUUCUUAACUCCGAAAUGGUGGCGUCUUUAUCUGAGUUUGGCACAGCACGACUCCUAUAUCCUAAUUCCUUUAAUAGAACAAUGCUAGUUGGUACUCCUGGAUAUGUUGCUCCAGAACUUGCAUUCACCAUGGCCGUGACUGAGAAAUGCGAUGUUUAUGGUUUUGGAGUGGUGGCCCUAGAAAUAAUCAUUGGAAGACAUCCUGGAGAACUGAUUUCCUUUUCCUCUCUCAUUCAAAAAAAAAAAAUUUGAUUUCCUUGAUUGCAACAUCUUCCUUAAUGUCGACAAAGCCAUCCUUGGUUUUACAAAUUAUGCUGAAAGAUGUGUUGGAUUCACGGCUAUCUCCUCCCAGCCUUCAACCGGUAGCUUCUAGUGUGGUUAUGCUAGCCACAUUAGCCUUGGCGUGCCUAUGCUCCAAACCAAAAUGUAGGCCGAUGAUGGAACAUGUGUCGACGGAG